AUGAAUGACGACGCUGCUGCCGAACCACUGAUCCCCAGUUCGCGUGCCCGCGACCUGCCGCCGAGUGAUGGGCGCAACCGCUACAGCAGCGAUGACGCGCACGCGACACAGCGGGGAGACGACGAGGCUGACGAGACGGCGCUGCUGUCGCCGGGCGUCUUCAUCUGGAUUCUGACCAUGUGCGCUGGCGUCAGUGGGCUUUUGUUUGGCUACGACACCGGCGUCAUAUCCUCGACCCUCGUCUCCAUAGGCACCGACCUUUCGUCCCGCCCGCUUACCACGCUCGACAAGAGCCUCAUCACAUCGUGUACCUCGUUCUUUGCGCUGCUUGCCUCGCCGCUCACAGGCGUCCUGGCGGAUACCUACGGUCGCAAGACGGUGAUACUCAGCGCAGACGUUCUCUUUGUACUCGGCGCGCUAUGGCAGGCGGGAACGAGCAGCGUGGGCGGCAUGAUUGCUGGCCGCUCGAUUGUCGGGGCUGCCGUCGGAAGCGCCUCGUUUGUCGUGCCGCUGUAUAUUUCAGAGCUGAGUCCGAGUCCGUUCCGCGGCAGACUGGUAGUAGUCAGCACGCUGUUCAUCACCGGCGGACAGGUCGUGGCGUAUGUGGUUGGCUGGCUGUUUUCGCAACGGCUGCAUGGCUGGCGGUGGAUGGUUGGGCUGGGUGCGCUCCCCGCGGCCAUCCAGUUUGCAAUGCUGCUCUUCCUGCCGGAGACGCCGCGGUACCUCGUCAAGGCUGGGAGGACGCAGCAGGCGCGACUAGUGCUGGGCAGGGUGUACAAGAGCGAGGAGGGCGGAACCAAGUUGGUGAAUGCGGUGCUGAGGCGCGUGGAGCGCGAAAUCCAAGAGGAAGAGGAUGCGGCGGGUUUACGGGGUGCGCCCGAGUCGGGCAAGACUGGGUGGAAAGCAAAGAUGGAGAGAACCAAAGACAACUUUUCUCAGUUAAUCCUGAUUGGGGGAAAUCGAAGGGCACUCAUCAUUGCCUGUAUGCUCCAGGGCUCCCAGCAACUCUGUGGUUUCAACUCGCUCAUGUACUUCUCCGCCACCAUCUUCCGCCUCGUAGGCUUUGAAUCCCCAACGCUUACCUCGCUCUCUAUUGCAACUACAAACUUCGUCUUCACCCUCGUGGCAUUCCACUACAUCGACCGCAUCGGCCGCCGCCGCAUCCUGCUCUACUCCAUCCCCAUCAUGGUCCUUGGCCUUGGCCUCUGCGCCCUCGCCUUCCGCUUCGUCGACCUACCCGCGUCAGAAGCAUCAUCAUCAUCAUCAUCGCACCUCCAACGCAGCGCCACCAGCCCCAAAUCCUGGGCCCUCGUCAUCCUCAUCUCCAUGAUCACAUACGUCGCCGGCUACGCAAUGGGUCUGGGAAACGUGCCCUGGCAGCAAUCCGAGCUCUUCCCGCUCUCGGUCCGCUCUCUCGGCUCCGCGCUCGCCACAGCAACUAAUUGGGGCUCUAAUACCCUCGUCGGCCUGACCUUUCUGCCCCUCAUGAACCUCUUCACGCCCACAGGUACCUUUGCUCUGUAUGCGGUUGUCUGUGCGCUCGCCUGGGCUAUCGUGCGCAGGAUUUAUCCUGAGACGGCUGGCUUGGGCCUCGAGGAUGUGCGUGGGUUGCUGGGAGAGGGGUUUGGCGUGGGAGAUAGUGUGAGGAGGUUUGAGGAGAGGAGGGCGAGGGCGAGGGGGAGGUAG